AAAAACCACAGUCUGUGGGCAGGACGCACCUUCGAUCAGCGGGGAGCCCGGGAGACCUGAAUAUGGACUCUCUGAAUUACAGCACCCCUGACUAUGCUGAUUAUGGCUGGACGGUGGACCCGUACAUGCCAGUGGACAAGUCUUCUAGAACCCCCGCCCUGUCUGCCCUGAAUGUGACUGCCCUGGUAAUCUUAGCGGUGGUCUUCCUGGUGGGCGUCCCCGGCAACAGCCUGGUGGUGUGGGUGACGGGCUUCGAGGUCCGGCGAAACAUCAACGCCAUCUGGUUUCUCAACCUGGCGGUGGCCGACCUCCUCUCCUGCCUGGCGCUGCCCAUCUUGUUCACAUCCAUCGUCCAGCACGGCCACUGGCCCUAUGGCAAGGUGGCCUGCCGCGUCCUGCCCUCCCUCAUCCUGCUCAACAUGUACGCCAGCAUCUUGCUCCUGGCCACCAUCAGCGCCGACCGCUUCCUGCUGGUGUUUAACCCCGUCUGGUGCCAGAACUACCGAGAGGCCCGCUUGGCCUGGGCGGCCUGCGGCGUGGCCUGGGGCUUGGCCCUGUUGCUGACCAUCCCGUCCUUCAUGUAUCGCGUGGUGCGCGUGGAGGCCUUUCCGUUCAAGAUGGAGUGCGGCGUGAGCUACGGGAGAGACGGUUUCGUCACCGAGAGGGUCGUGGCCAUCCUGCGGCUGGUGGUGGGCUUCCUGUGGCCGCUGGUCACGCUCGGAAUCUGUUACACGUUCCUCCUGAUUCGGACGUGGAGCCGCAGCGCCACGCGCUCCGCCAAGACGGUCAAGGUGGUGGCGGCGGUGGUGACCAGCUUCUUUGUGUUCUGGCUGCCCUACCAGGUGACGGGGAUGAUGCUGGCCCUGUCCGACCCGCGCUCGAGAAUCUUCAAGAGCGUGUCGGCUCUGGACGCCCUGUGCGUCGCCUUCGCUUACGUCAACUGCUGCAUAAAUCCCGUCAUCUACGUGGCGGCGGCUCGGGGCUUCCACGCCCGCUUCCUCAAGUCCCUCCCCGCCAGGCUCCGGAACGUGUUGACCGAGGAGUCCGUGUCCCGGGACAGCAAGUCCUACACCCUCUCCACGGCGGACACCCCAGCCCAGAAGAGCCAGGCGGUGUGAGGGGCGCGCUCCCGGCCGCCCUCUGCUCGGCGCCCCCACCUUCCCACCCGUGCGGUUUCUCUGGGCUCAUGGUAACCGUGACCUUGGUGAAACCGAAGUACCGGGAGCAACCCUGCCCCCCUCCCCCCGCCAAACAGCUCUCUGUCUGCGCGUGCGCGUGCGCGUGCAGCUUGUGACUAGGACACAUUCGCUACACAGACGACAGAUGGGAAGGUCGUAACCUUUGCAGAAGAGUGAAGGGCGCCUGCGCGGCUCAGUCGCUUGAGCGUCCGACUUCGGCUCAGGUUCACGAGCUCCCGGUUCGUGAGUUCGAGCCCCACGUCGGGCUCCGUGUUGACGGCUGG